AGCCUCGCCAAGAUUCGCAUUGCAGAGUUGUUUGACAUCAUUGUUGACUAUCCUGCCUCGCUGCCUGCACUCGAGGAUUUGCGACAUUGUCUACAAGGGCAACCCGGUUUGCGAAGUCUUCUCGUCGCGUCCUAUAUCGAUCAAUGUUCCAAGCGACUAUUACACCCAGGCGCCAACACGGUCGAUAUUAUCUUCAUUUAUGUUUCAACAAUCAAAACAUUCACAUUGCUAGAUUCGCCAGGCGUAUUGCUUGACAAAGUUGCUCGACCCAUUCGCAAGUACCUCCGAGAGCGCGGCGAUACGAUUCGAUGCAUCAUGACAUCUUUGCUCAAUGAAGCCGAUGAGCUUUCUGCUGAGCUCAAUACUACAGCGGCAGAGAUGCAAGAUGACGAGAAUGACCUGUUUUGGGAGCCUACUCCUGUGGAUGCCUCGCCUGAUUACAUGCGGCGUACAAGGGAUCUUUUGGACAGCUUGACAUCCAUCUACGAGCACCGAGAUGUUUUCGUCAAGGAGUUGCAAGUACUACUGGCUGAUAGACUUCUUGCGACAUCAGGCUACGAAAUUGAGGGCGAGCUGCGCAACUUAGAGCUUCUCAAACGACGGUUCAAGGGCGCAGCGCUCAUGUCAAGUGCAGAUGUCAUGGUCAAGGACAUCAUCGACUCGGAAGACAUUGACGGACAGAUACAAGAGAAGUGUACGGGAAUCGUGCACGCCACCAUUUUGUCACGACUCUACUGGCCAAAGCAGUCGUUGCCAAACUUAAAUGCGGUUCCGGGUCCGGUUCGUGACAUGCUCACCAAGUACACUGACGCGUAUGGCGAGCUCAAGCCGAAUAGGACUCUACGCUUUCUCCCAAAUCUGGGACAUGUGCGUGUUGAACUUCAACUUGAAGACCGCGAAUUCGACUUAUUGGUUACGCCGGGACAUGCAUCAGUCAUCUAUGCCUUUUCAGAUGUGGCAGAGAGGACAGUCGAGCAGCUCAUGGAAUCGCUCGACCUUAUUGAGUCUGAACUGCGGCGAGCGCUCGUCUUUUGGACGAAGCAAGGCAUCCUGAGGGAGCUACGGCCAGGUGUUUUUUCGGUGGUUGAGAGUGUAUCACAAGCGACUGAGGAGGUCGUGGUGGAAGAUAUUGCGCUGGACGCAGUGGAAGUACCGGCAGACGAUGAUAUGGACAUGUACUGGCAGUUCAUUGUCGGUAUGCUGACGAAUGUUGGUGCACUUCCGCUAGAGCGCAUCCAGAGCAUGCUGGGGAUGUUUGCGCCGAGUUAUGACCGGCCGGCGGAGGAGCUUGGUACGUUCCUUGCCAAGAAGAUGAGGGAGGGUGCUGUGCAGCUCAAGGGAGGUCAGUACAAGCUGGCUUGA